UUCAAUUUCAGUUUGCAGCUAAACCUCUACAUAACUGGGAGUAUUCUUAUUUAGCUCCAAUAGAAUAAUAAUAAAAAAAUAUAUUCUGACUCAAUAAAGAAAAAUUCUAAUUACUCAUCAGCUGAGAUAUAUGAUAAGAAAAUUCAUAGAGAAACGGUCAAAUAAAUUAUGUACUAGCGCAAUAUAAGUUAACAACUGCAUGAGUUAAGAAUCGUCACAACGAAGAAAAAUAUUUUUUAUUAAAUUUUCUCACAUCCGCCAUUGUGUAACUUGUAGUGGAGACCAAGAAAAAAAAAUAUUUUGAUCUUUUUUUACGUUCAAAUUGAGUUCAUCUGCUAUAAUGUGAGUCCAACUACUAAAGAUCAAUAUUUAUUUUAUAAUUUUAAGUUUUGUUUGUGACUUAAAAGAAUUAUAAAAAAGUUCGCGAAAAAAAUAAACGUCGGAACCAAUCAAAAUAUAAAAAUUGGAAGAAGUGAAAAAAAAAAUUUGUAGUGAAGUGUCUGACUCGAUAUAUAUAAUAUAAAACCGAAGUGUACAGUGAAAAGAGAAACAGUGAAUUGGAUAGAGACAGCACAUAUACAUAUUGUCUCUAAUUAAAUAUCAGACUCGAUUGGAAACGAUUAUAAAAAAGCUCAUUUUUUAUAGACGUGACUAACAAACCGCCAAAAUUCCACGAAAUCGGCUCAUCAUUCUGUCGUCGUGGGAGCGUAUUAGUUUCACAAACUGUAACCGAAAUCUAAUUAUAUUGUUUGGCGUAGAAGGUAAUGGUAUAUUUCUUGGGCGAUUGGGGCAUGGGAGAUAAAGAAUGUGCAACAUGCCAACAUGUACCAAAUUUGCAAAUCAAUCAUCAGCAUAGUCAACAUCAAACGUUGUCAAUCGGUCGAGCAACUGAAUUGAUUAAACAGAGAACUGGUUCAUUAAGUCAUGAGGAUCACGAAAAUGACGAUGAAGUUGCAUUACAUCCACUUAGCAAUCAGGUUGGCGGUCACACACGUUUGCUCCUGUUGAAUCAGAGUACGGUCAUCAAACCGUUAAAUAUUCGAGAAUUAGAUUUUUAUCAAAACAUUCCGUCGGAUAUACAGAUGUUUGUUCCAAAGUAUAAAGGUGUUAUGCAGGCUACAACAAUGGGCGGCGCAAAGCUAGAGAAACGAUAUUCACCAAGUUUUCGAGAUGAUUCGAACCGAAAGCAGAGCGCACCGAAACGGAAACGAGAUGAUGUUUUACGGAUGAAAGUACAUAGGAAUGGAAAUGCAUCAGAGAUAAUUAAAAGUAUAUCUCAAUUAGACAACUCGAACAAACAAUAUUUCCUUAUGCUAGAAAACAUCACCAGCCAGUAUCGACAACCGUGUAUUUUGGACCUGAAAAUGGGUACGAGACAGCAUGGGGAUGAUGCGUCGGCCGAAAAGCGAUCAAAACAAAUGGCUAAAUGCGCUGCCAGUACAUCCGGUACGUUGGGCGUUCGCCUUUGUGGAAUGCAAGUGUAUCAGGCGGACGUUGACCAUUACAUGAAGAAGGACAAAUAUUGGGGUCGAGAAUUAAACGAAAGUGGAUUCAAGGAUGCGUUACACAAUUUCUUCCAUAACGGCUUUGUGCUGCGAACGAAAAUUAUUCACAAGGUCAUUCACAAAUUAGAACAACUGCGGCGAGUGAUCGAGCGACAAUCGAGCUAUCGAUUUUAUUCGUGUUCCUUACUGAUCGUCUAUGAAGGUUAUGAAGAGCCGACCGUAAAUCCAAUUGAAGAUGAAAACUACGAUGGUUCAUUUCCAGUUUCCAGUGACAUAAGAAGCGAACAUUGCUGUUAUGAUGCUGACGCAUCCAACGAUUCAACUGAACUCAAUUUAUCAUCAUCACACGAAGACAGCGACCACAAUCAUCAUCAUCAGCCGGGAAGUUCUGUUGAACAUAUGUCAACCGAUGGUCAUCACCGUGGCUAUGGUGAAGCAGCGGCACGUGGUGCAAUGGUUCCACCACCAUUCAUUCCAAUUUCAGAGGAAACAGUAUUCUUAGACGCUAGUUCUUCUUCCAACAUCCCUGGCAUAUCAACAUCAAGCCCGUUGUCGGGCGAUUCAUGGAUGAAUUACAGUAGUAACAGCAGUGACGACUAUUCCUGCAUUUCUGAUCAAUUACAUGGGACUACUGUGAGCGGUGGCGGGGACGGCAAUAGUUCAACGGACGACAGUUCUGAUUUUGAUAAUUCUGGUUCCGAGAAGUUGUCAAAAAGUAAACGCAGCUUCGAACAGUUACUCAUCGCAAAUGGUGCAAAAAGUUCCAAAUGUGACGAGAGCUCGUCGCAAAAUGCGGGCCAAACGAAACGGCAACGUGGCAAAGACAAACCAUGCAGUUCGUCACCGAUGAAUGUUGUGACCAAUAAGCGUCGGAUGAAUGUAGCGGCCAGUUCGCUGCGACGGAAUAGCUCUGUGCAAGGCGCAAGCGUUGACAUCCGUAUGAUCGAUUUUGCACAUACAGCUUUUGUAAAGCGAUCUGCUGCUGGACAGCUAUCAUCUUCAUCAUCAGCAUCAUCAAUGGUUCAACAUCAAGGACCCGAUAAUGGUUUCCUCCGUGGGCUGGACAGUUUGAAUCGAUUACUUACGGAAAUUUGUACGGAAGACCAUUAAGGAAUUUUUUUGUAAAACUUUUGAGGAUUAUUCCAGUUAUACACAUGAAUUUCAUUAAGAAAUGGAUAUGAAAAGAAACCCUAACUGGAGUUCAAGAAGAGGAAAUUUUGAUUUUGUUUUCGUCCAUUUCUUUUAAUCGAUUCGCAAAAAAUUGAAAAUUUGCCUGAAAUUCAUGAAACUCCUCGAACCAAUUACCGUCAAUGGAUCACGUGAAUAAAGUCCGUGUGUCACGAGAGAGAGUAAUCUGAAUUAUAAUUUUUGGAAAAUGGAAAAAGUUUUUUAAAAAAUGUAUUCAAAUUAGAAUCACACGGCACUUCCGGUUAAAAAAAACGUACUACUAUAAUCAAUUGGCACUGGGAAAUAAAACAAAACAAAAAAUUAAUAUUAGAAAAAGGUUGGACACCUUUUUUCGCAUAACAAAUUGUGAUUAGAGCAUUUUAAUACAAUUAAAUAAAUUGACACACACAAAAAAAAAGUUUUAAAAAAAGAAAUAAAAAA